ACCUCCAUCAUCGACGGCAGUCGCCACAGCAAUAACAAUAUCUCCUCCAUCGCAACCUGCAGCCCUAAUUUUCGUAAACAGCAAACAUGGUACCGUAUCCCUCGCCCCAUUCAUCCCGGGGAGGCUAACCAUCUCCAUCAACAACAGGGCAAACGCAAGAAGUCAUCCCGCAAGCCCACAGGACCUAAGAAGGUAUGUCGCUCUACGCCGUGCAUAAAGCCCCUCCCCAUCUACUUACCUGCGUACUAGGAGAGGGGCUAACUAAACGACAAACUUAGAGCGAACCGCUUGCAACCUCUUUUUCAUGCCUUUUCUGCAACCAUGAGAAAUCCGUUACAUGCAUGCUCGACAAGAAGGCUGGCGUCGGCAGCUUGUCUUGCAAAGUCUGCGGGCAGAGGUUCCAAGCGAACAUUAACUGUAUGUCACCAUUUCUUACCUCUCUACCUCUCUACCUACUCCUUGCAGUUUGGUCUGGUUUGGUUUGAUUUGGUAUGAUUUGGUUCACUCACCCCCCGGCAUCUUGUCAUCGUUGCGCCGUGCGGCCGCCAUCGUUGGGGGGUGGAUAGUGGACGGACACCGGUGUUUCUCGGAUUUCGGAGGAAGCGGAUAAGCAUUAACGUAUUGGGAUUGAGCGGGAAUAGAUUUGUCGGCGGCGAUAGACGUGUAUAGUGAAUGGGUCGACGCCUGCGAUGAAAUUGCGAAUCCAAAGGACAAGGCUCCCAGGCGAGUUAGCGGUGGUGGCGGUGCUGUAGGAAGAGGGGGUGGGGGUGGGGGGGAUGGAGGGACUGGGAGUAAGUCUCAACAGAGCCGCGAUAAGUUUGAUGAGCUGGAAAAUGACGACGACGAUGACAUCGGUGGUGGGUAUGGGGGGAGAACUCAGGCCAUUGUUGAUGAGGAUGAGGAUGAAUACUGAAAGGCGCUACGGCGCCAUGGCCAUGAGAUCGCAUGUGGGAUGAUGGAUGAAUGGAUGGAUUUUAAGUGGGUUCACAAUGAGGUUGUCACUAUACCGGCUUUUGCUUUUGUUUCUCUCUUUUUUUUUUUUUUUGUCAAAUGUGCUGGGCUGCAUUCUUGAUCUUUUGUAUAAAAAGGUUUGGGUCACUGUUUCCUUUUACUUUUUUUUCCUUUGCGGGUUCUACUACUACUACUACUCGGUAAUUGGGUCUCUCUCUCUCUCCUAUAUUCCGAGGUACACGUGGCAAUUGGACCACUGAUGAUGUGAAGAUU